UAAAAACAUUUGAACAAGUUACCCAUUCAAAGAUUCGGUCUCGGCGCGUCUAAACGGAGCUUACGGCAUAAAACAACUUUUUUCAGGGUGUUAGACGGGGUUACAAUGGUUUUGAAGCUUGGUUUCAUUCUUCUCUUUGCUGGGUUGGUCGGGAUUCUCGAGGUUCAAGCUGCCUCGGUUGCCAUAAAGAAUGAUAUGUGGAAUAGCCUGCGUCAAGCUGAUCAAGACAAGAGGAACAUAGAAGGAGACAGUCUUGAAACGGAAAAUCUACCGACAGAUGAAGAUUUUGGUUAUGAAGACAUUGACUCGGAUGCCGCUGAGGAUGCUGGUCACUACAGUUAUGCUCUCCUGAGAAGGGCAGUUUGUGGUGACGCUUUCAAGGGAUUGUGCCAAAUGGUUCGAAAAAACAACCAGUGUAACAAAGGGAGGAACAUGAGAUUCGCCAGGAAGUUUUGCCGCAGCAGUUGCCCAGAAUAUUGUAUCUAAUGCAACCUAAUUGAAGUUACCCAGUCUUGAAUAUUUGACCCGCGACAAGGAUAAAAUCAAAAUAACUAUGUAACUCCCGCUUGUGAACCAAACUUAAAUCUUAAACUUAAUUCUUUACGUGCAAGGAGAUCACCUGUUCCUAGUCACUGCAAAACUUCAUGAAAUAUUUAUUUUUACUGGUUUUGGUUACCCGGCCUAGAAGAAUUCACUAAGCUCGGUAGCCAGCGCCGGACUAGAGAGAGCGGUGGAGAUCCAGUUAAAAAUUGACAGAAAUGCCAGUGUAUGUUGAGAAACAGUGAUAGCAAAUUUGUAUAAUGUGACAUGGCUCCUUACAAGGGAUAAGUAACCAGGAAAAGUAAAACUACUCAAUCUACGAAUAAAAAUGAGUCUUCUUCGUAAUCCAAGUUGUUAACGUGGCUCUAUCAAUCAGGUCUCAGUAGCUUUUUUGAUUUCCCAUACUAGCUGAUCGUGCAACCCAUAAAGUAUUAAGUAAUUGCUGAUUGCUUUACCUCCGAUUUAUUUCAUUAGGACUAUUAAAUUUCUUGAUUUUCGAAAUGAUAAAUACUUGACCGCUAAUGAGCAAUAAGUUCCAUGAAAUAAUGGUAGCGAUGUUUUUAGUCAAGGAGACUAAACAGCACUUGGAAACGAUACUAUCUGUCACCUAUGAACUUCCUUUAACUUUAUCAAAUGUCCUUAUAACUGCUGUUUUGGAUAUGCUGAAAUCAAAUAAAGACUGGGCUGACAACAAA